CGCUAAACCCGAUCUCAUAACAAAAUAUGCUGCUUAUUGUAAGUUAAGCCCUUUGAAAAUUUCAGUUACUCUGAAAUACCUACUUUCAGGAGAAAACCAGAAACCAAGAAAACCACACCUGAGAAAAUUCAUCACAGGAUUAAUUAAUUAGAGAUGGAACCUGAGUUUUCUGAAACAGAGGAAAAGCUCAAGGAAGAAGAUGAACGUGACGAAAAAUUUCAUCUCUUUGGCCGCCAGAAGCCGGUGCACUCGGCCCUCGGUGGCGGCAAACCUGCCGAUGUGAUCCUAUGGCGAAACAAGCAAAUCUCGGGUGCAUUGCUGGCGGGCUCAACCGUGAUAUGGCUUCUGUUCGAGUGGAUCGGUUAUCGACUCAUCCCUUUCAUUUGCCACUCUCUCAUAUUCUCCUUAGCCUCUCUCUUUUUGUGGUCAAAUCUCUCCUUCUUCAUGAACAAGUCUCCUUUUAGCUUUCCAGAGAUUGUACUGUCAGAGGACAUAUGCAAAAAUGCUGCUCUCUUACUAACUGAAAGAUGCAAUAAGGCAAUAGGUUGCUUAUGGGGAGUGGCUUCUGGAAAAGAUGUCAAGAAGUUUCUCACUGCAAUAUUUGCACUAUGGUUUGUCUCGGUUUUCGGCAGCUGGUUCGACUUCCUGACUAUAGUAUACAUCAUUUUCGUGAUGAUACUGACAAUGCCAUCGUUGUACGAGAAGCAUGAAGAUCAAGUGGAUAACUAUGCUCUCAAGGCAAAAGCUCAACUCAAUAAACAAUACAGCCAGCUGGAUGAGAAGGUCCUCCAGAAAUUACCGAAAGUUCCUUUCAUCACAGACAAUAAGCAACACUAAUGAAGCUAGCUCCCCAUUUAUGCUUUAGAUCAACAUGAACUUUUGUUGACGAAGGUCGAUAACCAAACUAUCUUUCGAACAAGGGUUAUAUAUAUUUUCCACUUUUACAUUCUUUUUUAGGACAAAAAUGAACAUUUUUGUUCCAUCAUGCCUAAAUUGGUUCGACUUGCUUUACAAUUUCACAUCAUGUUGUAUGAUACAAGUUUUCGGUACCUAUGGAAUAAUAUGGAGCAAACGUCAAUCAUCUUUAGACAUAAAUU